AUGUCCGACAACUACGGCAGCUAUCAAACAGAGAUCUACGGCAAGGGUGCCCUGAUGGGCAUCCUGCCCGGCGUAACCACCGACCCCCGUAAACUGGAGGAGCAAGCCCGCGAGGCCUUGGGCAUUCGCUCGUUCAACUAUGUCGCCGGUGGAGCGGGUGAGAAAUCCACCAUGGAUAGCAAUCGACAGGCGUUCCGGCAAUGGAAGCUAAUCCCACGCAUGAUGCGAAACACACCCGAGCAAGACGUUUCGGUUGAGCUAUUCGGUCAGAAAUACGAGAACCCACUCAUCGUGGCCCCGGUCGGCGUGCAGGGUAUCUUCCACGAAGAUAAGGAAACCGGGCUGGCCGAGGUCUGCCAUGAUGUCGGGGUCCCGUAUACGAUGAGUACAGCCAGCACGAGCUCCAUUGAAGAUGUCGCGGCCGCCAACAAGGACGGGAAGCGCUGGUAUCAGCUCUACUGGCCGCGCGAUAACAACGUCACGCUCUCGAUGCUGAAACGCGCCCGGGAGAACGGGUUCUCGGUUCUAGUGGUGACGCUAGAUACGUGGUCGCUGGCUUGGCGGCCGGCCGACCUCGAUAAUGCCUAUGUCCCCUUCAUCAAGGGGGUGGGGAAUGAGGUCGGGUUUACGGAUCCGGUUUUCCGAGCCAAGUUCGAACGCGAGACGGGGUCGAAGGUGGAAGAUGAUAUACUGGGUGCUUCGAGGGCUUGGAUUGGGGAUAUCUUUGCCGGGGCGCCGCACUCGUGGGAGGAUCUGGAGUUCCUCCGGAAGAACUGGGAUGGUCCGUUGGUUCUGAAGGGGAUCCAGCAUGUGGAUGACGCGAGGUUGGCGUUAAAGGCCGGUUGUGAUGGCAUUGUGGUCUCGAAUCAUGGUGGCCGACAAGUGGAUGGUGCAAUUGGGUCGUUGGAUGUGCUUCCGGAGAUAGUUGAUGCGGUCGGAGAUCAAAUGACGGUCUUGUUCGACUCUGGGAUUCGGACGGGCUCGGAUGUGAUCAAGGCGCUGUGCCUGGGAGCCAAGGCGGUCCUGGUUGGUCGGCCGGUGAUAUACGGGUUAAGCAUUCAGGGCCGAGAAGGGGCCAGACAGGUGCUGAAGGGACUGUUGGCCGACCUGUGGCAAAAUAUGGGCCUGUCAGGGAUCCGAACAGUGGCGGGCUGCAAUCGCAGUCAGAUUCGCAAAGUGCAGGAUGCAAGUUUGAGGGCGAUGAUGUAG